AUGGCCGACAAGCCCGAGCCCGAGAGCGCGGCUGCGCCCCUGUCUGUCUCGAAGGAGAUCAAAGACUCAGCGCACGUCGAGCGCGUCCUCUCCGACAGCGAGGGCAUGCACAAAGACCAUGUCGAUCAGUCGCGUGUCGAUAAGGAGAUCGCCGCGUAUGCAGGCGAAGAGGUCGUCGAAAUCGACGAGGAGACGAACAAGCGGCUGCGACGGAUGAUUGACAAGCGCGUGCUGGUCAUCAUGAUCUGCACGUACUUCCUGCAGGCGCUCGAUAAGGGAACCAUGUCGUUCUCGUCAAUUAUGGGCAUUCGAGAGUAUGCGGAUCUGGAGGAUGGAAACAAGUAUUCGUGGCUCACGACCUGUAUCUACAUCGCCGUUCUGAUCGUCGAGUACCCGACCAACUGGAUCAUCCAGCGCGUGCCGAUUGCAAAGUACCUGGGCAUCAACAUCAUCCUCUGGGGGGCCGUGCUAGCCCUGCACGCCGCGUGCAAGAAUUUCCCUUCACUUGUCGCCGUCCGCACCCUCCUCGGUAUCUUCGAGGCCGUCUGCCAGCCCUCAUUUGUGCUCAUGUCGAGUAUGUGGUAUAAGCGUCAGGAGCAGGCAGAGACUGUGACAUACUGGUACAUGAUGAACGGUAUGCAACAGAUCGUCGGUGGCCUGCUCGCCUACUGCUUUAGUCUCAUUGGCAACGACCGCGACGUCAAAUCCUUCCAGGCGCUCUUCAUGACCUACGGCUGCGCCUCUGUUCUCUGGGGCUUCUUCGUCCUCUGGUGGCUGCCCGACUCGCCUAUGCGCGCGAAAUGCUUCAGCGAGGCAGACAAGAAGCUCAUGGUCGAGCGUGUUCGAUCGAACCAGACUGGUCUGCAGAACAGGAAGUUCCGCGCGUACCAGAUUAAGGAGGCCCUGCUUGAUCCUCAGAUCUGGUGCUACUGCGCCAUACAAAUUUUCACUACUCUUCCCACUAGCGGCCUCGGUGCCUUCGCCAACAUCGUCAUCGCCGGUUUUGAGUUUACUGUCCUGCAGACGCAGCUCCUCGCCAUGGUGCUUGGUUUCUACAUCAUCAUCGUGCUGCUGACGUCUGCGUAUCUCGUUCGAAAGACUGGACAGAACCUCUACGUCAUGCUGGGCUUCAUUAUCCCCUCCUACAUCGGCACAAUUGUCCUCAUGACCGUGGACAACAAGAACCUAGGCACAAAAGUCGGCUUGCUGAUCUCCUACUACAUCACGCUCUCCUUCUGGUCCGCUCAGACCCUCGGUCUCUCCAUGGUCUCGCGCAACAUCGGUGGCGCAACCAAGAAAUCCGCCGCCAUUGCCGCAACAUUCGUCUCCUGGGCCGUUGGAAACGCGAUCGGCCCGCAGGUGUUCUUGGACAAUGAUGCCCCGAAGUACUUCAUUGCCUUUGGUGUCCAUCUAGGUUGCUAUGUCUGCUUGACUAUCAGCGUCAUCUUCCUUAGAUGGUACCUGGCGCACCAGAAUAAGAAGAAGGAGAGACUCCUCCGUGAGGCAGGCCUUGAUCCAAAUGAGCAGAAUCUAGCGCAUGCGUUCGAGGACCGCACUGAUCAGGAGAACUUAUAUUUCAGGUAUAUCUACUAA